AUGUCAAAAUUCUCACUGGCUGGCCGCUUAGCCGUUGUUACUGGAGGAGGUCGAGGAUGCGGUUUCGCAUUUGCCCAGGGGCUGGCUGAAGCUGGUGCCGACGUUGCCAUAUUCGACGUGAUUGAGCCCUCUGCUCCUGAAGUCGAACAGCUGAUUUCCAGCUACGGGGUCCAGAUCAAAUCCUACAUUGUGGAUGUAACCACGUUGUCGAGUCUAAAAGAAGGUUUCACCGCUGUGGCUUCAGACUUCGACAACAGACUAGACAUCCUGGUAGCAUGCGCAGGGGUCAACAAGAAUGUGCAUUUCCUCGACACAGAAGAGGAAGACUUUGACAAGUUGUUUGCCGUCAAUGCUAAGGGUGUUUACUUCUCAGCGAAACUGGCAGCUCAAGCCAUGAUCGAAAACAAGACCAAGUGCGGAAGUAUUAUCCUCGUGGCCAGUAUUGCUUCGCAUAUGGCUAUUCGAUCUCAGAGGUCGACAGCCUACUGCGGUACCAAGGGUGCGGUAAGAGCAAUGGUUGCACCGAUUGCUGCAGAGCUUCAAGAGCAUGGGAUCCGAGUAAACUCAAUCAGCCCCGGCUAUGUCAAGACAGCCAUGACAGCGCCAUUCCCAGACUUGAUCGAGGGAUGGAAGGACGAGAUCAUGAACCGUCGUGUCGCGGAGCCGGAUGAUAUCAAGGGGGCCUGUGUCUUUCUGGCCAGUGAUGCAAGCGCUUAUUGUACGGGCUCCGAUAUUCUUGUUGAUGGAGGUGUCACAAAGUGGUAA